UGGUAAAAGGAAUUCAAGAAGCGAGGCUUUCAAAUAUCUCAAAAGAUUUCCUCUCAGUUCCGAAAACGGUGGCUUACAACAGCAGAGGUUAUCCUAGCACAAGCCAAAAAAUGUUCAAUAUUUAUUCUUUGUAUAGGAGACCUUAAAUGUUGAAGCUCCAGUCUAAUCUCUCCGAGGAGGUGAACGGGCAUCCAAGCUGGGGAAGGCAGAGGCCUUCCAUUAAUAUCCAUAUCCAAGACUUCUAUUGAAACUUUUGGUUCCUAUCUCACCUCAGAAGAAGGUAAUACUUCCUCCACUCAGAAUGAGAGCAGUCCCAUUCUGGAGAGAUCCUUCUCUCCUUCAGAUGCUUGAGAAGGAACUCCUCUACAGCCAAACGAGGAUGAAUUUGUAGAUUACAAAUAAAUCCUUCGAUGCUGAUGAAGAGUUUACCUUGCAAGAUGAGAUUGAGGAUAGGGAAGAUGCCCUCGAAGAACUCACAAGUAUACUUGGAGGAUCAGCAUCCUGCCCUUCCUUUACUCCUUCAGUUAAAUUCGAGAGACCUGGUUGUAUCCCGAAAUUUAUCCAUAAAAGGAGACCCAGGAUGAGCAUUCCUUGUAUCUUGAGAAAGACAGAAAAGAGAUCAUCCGACCAUUCUUCUCAUCUAUCAAGCCACGGGAAAGAUACCCGUGGUAUUUAUUUCUAGGUUUAUAAAACUCUUAGGGCUUCCUUGGGAGUUCCCCUUAAGUAAGGUAAAGAAAUAAGGCUUGUAUUACCUUCUCUAAUCAUGCCAAAAAAUAUUUCUUUGCUUUAAAAAUAUAAUACGAUAUAAUUUCAAGCAAGUUCUAGUA